UCUUUCUCUCGUGUAGUGCCCACCCACGGUGAGUGCCAGGUGACAGGCAGAGCCCCUAUAUAUGCUGCCGAGGUACGUCCGUCCACACACAACCCGCGCGGCUGCUUUCUAAGAGUAAAGUUUGUUCCCAGUUUUGGCGGCCAGAGGGAGCCAUGGCUGAUGCGCUCGAGCCAGACAGCCAAGCUCCGGGAGCCAACUUGUCCAGCCUUCAGCAUCCCGCCUGGAACUUGAAUCUUUCUUUGCCCUCUCGUUGGGCUUUGCCCGGACAGCCUGCGCAGACCAUCGGGGCGGGCGCCAUCAUGCUGCUGGCGCUGGUGGGCAACUGCUUGUUGUUGUACCGACUCCGCUGCGGAAGGUGCUGCUGCGGAGGUCGGCUCAGGAGGCGGCGGAAGAUGGAUUUCCUCCUGGCGCACUUGGCCAUCGCCGAUCUCUACGGCUGCGGGCUGACGUUGCUCUCCCAGCUGCCUCCAGCAGAGGACGAGCGCGUUGCAGAGCCCGGAGGCGCGGGGUGGGCGGCCGGAGACGCCACCUGCCGCUUGCUCCGCUUUCUGCAAGGCUCGGGGUUGCUGGCGCCGUCGCACAUGCUGGUUCUUAUCGCGUUGGAGCGACAGCGCUUAGCCAUGGGCCCUCCGCUCCCUCAGGAAUCGCUGCCGCCUUUCGUGCUCGCCCGGAGCGCCCUGGCCGCGCUGGGCUGGCUCUUGGCGUUGCUGCUCGCCCUGCCUCAACUCUUCGUUUACAGGCUGGCCCCGUCGCAAGCCGGAGGCCGCUGCCUCAGCGUCUUCCCUCAGCUGCCUCGAUGGCACGGACAGGUCUACGCCGUGUACGAAGCCAUCACGGGCUUCGUAGUUCCCGCUUGCCUCUUGGUCAGGACGUGCAGCCGCAUCGUCGCCACCCUCGGCACUUCUGGAGCCGAGGAGGAGGAGCCGUCGCAGGAGGGCCCCGGAGGUAGCGCCGGACCCUGUGGCCUUGAGCUGCCUGGCGUCACCGGCCCCAGCCCGCCGCUGCUUCUGCGGCUUCUGCCGAUCUCCAAGUGCGCUUCUCGCUCGCCGUCGGCGCCCCGAAGCCUGCCCCGUGCCCGAAUCAGGGCGCUGCAGCUGACUUUGGCGCUCGCCGCGCUCUUUGCGCUCUGCGGUUUCCCGCGUUUUAUUUUGGAGCUGGCCUUAGCUUUUGCCUCUCCCGAGGCCGCCACCCACGAAGCCCGGACGACCCUGAGCAACAUGAUAGCAGCCACCAACAGCGCCGUCAAUCCCUACGUGUGCCUCUUGUUCCACAGCUACCGGCCCUGGGCGCGGCGGCUCCAGCGCAGCCUCUGCCGGUGCCCCGAUGGACAACCCAGACGGCAAGCUCGCCACCGGCAGCGACUGUCGCCCCGGGCGGCCGCGGAUCGUGCUGAACUUUGGCUGUGCCCCUGCCAGACUAAGACGCCUGCCAUCGCAACAGCCAUCCCGCUAGAAAAGGAGGAGAGCCGGGCUGUUGGAGAGAGCGGAUUCUAAGACCCGGAGCCGACUUCGAAAAAGGCUGCAUUACGGUCCACGGAGAGCAGGUCAAAGGAAGGAGAAGGGAGCUUUGGACGAUUAGGAUGGCCUUAAGUCUGUUUGGGCUUUUGGCACAAUGUGCUCCACUAAUUUAAGAGUAAAAUAAAAGAUCCCAGCGUGUUUGCUUGCCUGCAGGUCAUGUGUUCAAAGGCUUUACCCUGAAACAAAUGGAGAAAGGAAAAAGACACUCUGCACUUGCUCAAGAGCCCACUUUGAGCUCUGCAGUUCUUUCCAAUUGCCUAUCUAGUUGUAAGAAUUUAAGUCCAUAUAAAACUAUAUUACCACUGUAAAUGAAUUCUAUUUUUACUGAUCUGGCUCUUAUCAUAAGUGCUGAUGUGGAAUAUCGGAAUAUCUCAACUGGGUAUCUUCAGCCUGUCUGAGGUUUUGUUCAUUUUACUAUAUUGUCAAUGUUCAAAGCAAAUGGGACUGUUCGCACUUUCAGUAAUUUGCAUCCAAGAUCUGUUGGAUAUAACAAAAGUUUUUGUCUAUACACAAGAGACUAUAACACGUCGAUGUAAGCUGUUUAAUCUGUGGCUUUCACUAAAUUCAAACAUUUUUCCUUGUACUUUGUAAUAUUUAUGGACGUACACAAACCAGAAACUGUUUGCUUGUUUUGUGCACACAACAAAUACUUGGAAGGUUAGUCAGACAAUUCUAGGUAGGUAAUAGAGCAGCCAUACAGAACACUAUAGGACUUGUGGUUGUUUGACUUUUUGUCCAAAACUAUGGAAGCAUCUUACUGGCAAGAACAAAAGGUUGCUGCUUCUUGGCCUUGUCACCUUUUCUCUACACAAUUUGUGGGCUAGCCCAUCCACCAAUCUCCCCGAAGUCUCCCCCCACCCAUGCUGCUGUACUUCUGUCGGUCAGUCCCCUGAUCAUUUAAUUUUCUCUUUUUCACUUAGCUCUUUCCAAUUGUCUAGCAUUUUCCUUGCUAUCUCCCAACCCAGAAUAUUUCUGUCCCAAAAAGUAUUCUGAGCUUGUGUUCAAAUCAAACACACAGAAAUCCAGUCCAUGGUCAGACUAAGCAAAUGUACGCCAAUCUAGGCAUAGACCAUCAAUACGGCAUAUACUAGUUUUAUUUUUUAAUAUUUCCAGACAGAGGUAGAGAAACAAGAGGGUUACUUUUGCUGCUAUGCAAAGAGAUUGUAUUAUUAAUGCCUUCCGUCAUUUUGUCAUAUUCUACAUAUUAACUGCAAAUGUCCAAUAUAAAAUGAGACAUAAUUUAUUAUA